UAAAAUGCUUGUUGAAAGUAAGUGGUAUCAGACUACUUGUCGGAAAGAAAGAAAACAAAAAUCAAAAUGGCCGGUGAAGUUCUAGUUGACGCUCUGCCGUAUCACGAUAAAGGAUACGACGAACCAGGAGAAAAAGAAGCGGCCUAUGCCCUGGUCGAGGAAGAAACGAGACGUUAUCGCCCAACAAAGAACUAUCUGGAACAUUUACCAGCCAUUGAUCAUACACCGUUUGAAACCGACGUCCUUAAGAAUGAGUUUGAGCGGAUGGCAUCUAGACUUCCUAUGGACGUCCUCAGCAUGAAAAGAUAUGAGCUACCCCCUCCACCUGCUGGUAGACAGAAUGACGUACUCGCUUGGAAUGAGUCCGUGGAGAACUCUAUGGCCCAGCUAGAACAUCAGUCCGAAAGAAUUGCCAAUUUGGAGCUCCUUUCAAAGUACGGCAGUUCAGCCUGGAGAUUUUACAAUGAUAUUCUGGGGAAGAUGGUCGAGCAAGGCCAGGAUCAACUGACAAAAACUCGCAAACACAUCCAGGAGCUGAACUGGCAAAGAAAGACAAAACAGAAAAGUGCUGGCGAAGCCUUGAGGAAUCUUGAAGAAAGUUGGACAGGCCUUGUUGGCAAGAACUAUGAGAUAGAGCGAGCCUGCCUAGAGCUGGAGCAAGAAGUGGAGAGACUGAGACAAGAGCAAAUCAUCAAACACGCCAAGGAGGAGUACAAGACGCAACAGAUGCUGCAACAUCCUCAAGAAGAAGAUGAGGAGGAAAGAGUCAAAGCAGAGGAGGAGGAAGAGGAAGAAGAGGAGGAGGAUAGUGAUGAGAGUGGGGAGGAGGGAGGGGACGAUGUGGAGAGAUAUCGGGUUGGGAGUCACUCCUCCUCGGAAGAAGAAGGGGACAGGUAGUUGCAACAUCAUCUUGAAGAUGGGGGUUAAGAUGUGAAAUUAUGGGUUUGGGUUUUGGGAGAGGAUUCUGAAUAAGGAUAGAAGGAUGUGGAGAGAUAUCGGGUUGGAAGUCACUCCUCGAGAUGGAGAAGGGGACAGGUAGUUGCAAGAUCAUCUUGAAGUUGGGGGUUAAGAGGUGAAAUUAUGGGUUUGGGUUUUUAACUUCCCCAAAGUAUUGUAAACUUUGUAUGAAAUGGAACCCAAUGUAAAGAUGGACCAUGCUAAAGAAAAAACAUUUAUUCACUGAAACUUGCUCCUUUGCAAACCAACACUUCUCUCACUCAGCUUUUUGUAUUUUUGUUUUGUUUUUACUGGUUUUCAAUAAAUUCAUUUACAUUUCAUGAA